CCGCUACCCUAAGCGGACUAAUUUAAUGAGCAAGGCAAACAAGGACAAGUGGGCGUGUAAAAGAGUUGCAGUAGCUACAGUGGGGAAAAUGCUCCCAGCAGCAGCACUGAUGAACCAUCCAGAAGUGUACACCGCCCCCAGGUCUUAUAGAUCGCACGCAACAACAGGUCUGAGAAGAGCAGUGACCUUUCUAAAGAGCGCGUGCUGCGUGCCUAUGCUUUUCCCAGCGUGUUCAAUAAAGAGCUGGUAUUGACAAUGUGGGGAUAGGUGGGAGGGUGAAGAGGAAAAGUAAGCAGAGAUCGUUAAAGAGCCAGCGCACAACAGCCAAGCAUGUCCUUGGACAGUCUUAAAACUCGGGUCUUCAGACGUCAAGAGAACAAAGAAAUUAAGCGAUUCCCGCCCAACCUUGAUGUUGGUUAACACGGUGCGUUGUUCACAGCGAUUCACGCAGUUCUAAGCCUCAGCCAGAACAUUGACCUGACCUCAUCGCUUGCACUUCAAAAAGGUGUUUUUCUUCUAGAGUUGAUAGUAUAUGCUGAGGCACUUGAUCCUUCUCAGUCCAGUGAGCCCCAAGAUGCAUGAAACAUACCGUAUGUCACCCAAAUACUGCUAUUUCAGCCUAAGGAGUGUAUUUUCAAAGCAGCACAAGGAUGGUGGUGUUUUCAACAGCUAGGGAAGAACAAGGGCAAGACUGGUAUGAUGGAUGAAGCAGUAGAGGUAUCAAUUGAUGGGAACUCCCUUAUAAAAGCUGUCUAUCAAAGCAGACUUCGCCUCACAAGACUGUUGUUAGAAGGUGGAGCGUACAUUAAUGAGAGUAACGACCGAGGUGAAACACCUUUAAUGAUUGCUUGUAAAACACAGCAUGUGGACCAGCAGAGUGUUAGCAAAACAAAAAUGGUUAAAUAUUUGCUGGAAAAUAAGGCAGAUCCAAAUAUACAGGACAAAUCUGGAAAGACACCCUUGAUGCACGCAUGCUUGGAAAAGGCUGGCCAUGAAGUGGUUUCUUUAUUGCUGAAAAAUGGAGCUGACCUAAGUCUGCAAGACCAUUCUGGUUACUCUGCACUUGUUUAUGCAGUAAACUCUGAAGACCGAGAGACCCUGAAAGUUCUCCUAAAUGCUUGUAAAGCAAGAGGAAAAGAAGUAAUCAUCAUUACAACAGACAAGUCUCCAUCUGGAAGGCAGACAACUAAACAGCACUUAAAUUUUCCUCCUGCUGACAUUGAGGAAUGCCAUUCUCCAACUGCCUGCACUUCCCCAUCAGAAAUAGAACUUAAAACAUCUCCACUUUUAAAUUCAUGUGAAACAGAAAAACCUCUUUUUAGCUUUAAAGAACCAGAUCAGCCUGGAAGCAUGCGAAGUAUAUCUGAGCCAGUCUCCCCUACUAGAAAACCAAAUUUAACACAUGUAGGACCCAAGCUGGCACAAGUGCAACGUCUGCAUUCUGAGUCUUGGAUAAAAAGCUCUCUGUUCCAUCAGAAUAAAAUUUCCUCUUUACAAGAAGAACUUCAGGAUAUAACUCCAGAGGAAGAACUGUCUCUGAAAGUCAAUGGACUAGCCUUAUCUAAGAGAUGUAUUACUAGACACCAAAGCAUUGAUGUCAAAGACACUGCUCAUUUGUUGAAAAUCUUUGAUGAAACUGGCUCAAAAAAGUUAUUAUAUGAGGAGAUAAAUUCUCAGUCACCUUAUCCUAAGAGAAACCAUAGCCACAGUGAAAUUCCUGUAGAUCAGGAUUCAGGUUCAGUCCAAAUAAGAUUUGUUUCAACUCUGAGAAGUAUUAUUCAAAAAAGAAGUUUAGGGGCAAAUCACUACAGCUCUGAUUCUCAACUAACUACUAGUCUGAGUCCUGCUACCACAGAAGAUAGCAAAUCACUUCUAGGAAAGAAAAAGAUUCUCUCUCCUUCUCCCUCCUUGUUAUCAAGUUCCAGAGAAUUGCUAGAGAACAUGCCUUCUGGUCCACUGAACAGGAGAAACCAUUCUAUUUUAGAGAGACGAGGGUCAGGAGCCCUCUCUUUAGAUCAUAUUGCCCAAACUAGGCCAGGUUUCCUUCCACCUUUAAAUGUGAAUCCUCAUCCUCCAAUUCCAGAUAUUAGUUUUGGCAACAAGACUUCUGGAAUUGUUUCUUUGGGACAAAAACCCCUAAUUCCAACAGCACCUGCAUUUCCCAAGGAGUUCAAAAGUAACAAAAUGUUGGUAAGGAGGCAGUCAUUACAAACUGAACAGAUUAAGCAACUCGUGAAUUUUUAAUAGAGUACUAAAGUGUUAACAGAUUUAUACAACGUGUACAUACUUGCAGUUUUAUUCAUUUGGAAUAAAUAUACCCCUGCACCACAAAGGCCCUUAACAUGGGACUCUUGGAUAGACUCUGGGAUGAGUUUCAUCUUAGAUUUAGCUAAUAAGUGUGAGAGUAGCAGCCGUGUUAGUCUGUAUUAGCAAAAAGAAAAGGAGUACUUGUGGCACCUUAGAGACUAACAAAUUUAUUAGUGCAUAAGCUUUCGUGUAGCUCACGAAAGCUUAUGCAUUAAUAAAUUUGUUAGUCUCUAAGGUGCCACAAGUACUCCUUUUCUUUUUGCUAAUAAGUGUGUUCAGCUAAAUGUACUCUGCUGCUAUAAUCUGCAAAAUGACAAAUUAUAUUUUCACCAUAUUCUUCACAAUAGAAAACCAAAACACUAUGGACCUGAUUCUCUGUGUCCCCAUACUUUGUGAGUCAUUGACACAAAACACUUUAUAUUCUGAUUUGGUAGCAUUUUACACUCAGUUUGUACUCACUUUGCACAGAUGUUAAUUUCUCUUAACUAGGGGUCACCAAAUAAAAUUAAUAGGAGCCGGAGGGAGGACAUGCUGCUGUU